AUGGGCAGCUGCUGCUGUAGCCGCGAUGAUGAAGCCAAAGCUGAGCAAAAGUUCGGCAAGGGUGGCGAGAAGGACGUCUCGGGAGGUCCGGUGAAGAAUCGCCACUGCACGGAUGUUCUUUGCUGCAUCAUCUUCGUGUUGCACUGGUUUGGCUUCGCAGCGAUCGUGUUUGCUGGAUAUGCAGACGGGAACCCUUCGAAACUGUACUUGCCGCGCGAUUUCAAAGGCGACUAUUGCGAUCUUGAAGAGUACCAGGGAGUGAAGAAGCUCCUUAGGACACUCAACGUAUCUGCGACUGUGGAUGAGGUUGCGAAACAGCUGAUCUGUUCCACAGCAGCGGAGGAUGCUUUGGUCACCAUUCUUUCAAGUGCCGACCUGGAUGACUACCGAUGUGCCUGCUGCAAGCUACCCUGCGCCAGCUGUCAAGCCAGCUUGGGCCUACAAGAUAUUGAGGAUCCAGCUACUGCAGCGAGCUCCAUCGGUUCAAGGAUGUCGGAGUUCACAGAUCCCAGCAAAGCCGCGGCGCUUUUCUCGUCGGGCAGCGCGAAUGCUGUGUCCUUUGAUGCAGAAGCGAUUUGGGGAGAGAUGACGAAAUUCAUGGUUGCCGUUUGCUUGAAUCAGACCUCCUGCGCU